GAAGUCACAGCUGGAACAGACCUGAACUCACAUUUCAGUGUUUUUCUUUUUUUAAAAGAUGUUUUACAGGACUGUCAUGUGACCUGAGGAGACUGCUGCCUUUACAGGACGACUCGAGUCAGACGGACAUGGACCAGCGGUGGACACUGGGAAGCUUUCUGUUUGUCCUCGGGCUGUGUUCAGGACUUAAACAGGAGAACUGUACCAACUUCAAUCUCCAGUUUGAGAGGGUCUUCUCUGUUCCUGGAGACGUGGCUAUGUUGAACAGCACCCUGGUGUCUUCAGACGUCUUCAACUUCACGUCUGUCCCGUACAACAUUUCCUGGUAUGACUCAAAGACAGGCCGAGAAAUGACCAACCAGACCGGCCGAAUCCUGGUGCUCGGGAUGACUUUGUGGUUUCUUAACUUAAGGCUGGACGACGACGGAGAAUAUGUGAGCAUACUGAGAACUCCUUAUUGGUGCUACAGACAGGCCACCAAGCUUGUGGUGGAACGACCCAUCGCCAGAGAGUGUGGACGACCAAGAAAAGCUCGUCAGUCCCUUACAAAGGGAGUCACUGACAUCCUGAGCUGCCCUCUGAAGGAUUAUAUGAAUAAACUUGACAGCUACAACAUCAGCUCCUCCAUCCAGUGGUACAAAGAUUGUGAGCCCAUAGUGGACGGGGUAGGCAGGUAUACCUACAUACAUCCUGCCAGACUGAAGAUUGCCAGAGUGGACCUUAAACACAACUCCUCCUACACCUGUACUCUGAACUUCACUCUGGGUGGUGUUAUGGGAUCUGUGUCAGAGACCAUUGCUGCAUGGGUAUCAGAGAUGUACACUUUGACCCCAGAAGUCCACGAACCAGCCAAUGAAAUAAUCAAGAAACCAAUGGGGUCAAAUUUCAGCAAGCGAUGCCGAGUGUUUGUACCGUGUGUCGGGAGUCCCUUCGUUGAGAUCACCUGGUUGGUCAGAAACAAGUUAAUUUAUAGUACCAACCCCUCCGACCGCAUCUACACAACAGAAGAACGUAUGUGGCGCCAGGAUAAACCUAAAAAAGGUUUAUGGUUGGAGCAGGUGCUGAUAAUUUCUGAGCUGAAGGAGAAGGACUUUGACACCAACUACACCUGUCGAGCAUACAGUGCCAGGGGCUUUCCUGAAGGCUACUUUACUCUGCUACAAGAAGAUCCUGACGUCAUGCUUCCCGUUGGAUCGGUGCUUGGUGGUGUGACGGUUCUCUUCAUUACCAGUGUCGUCAUCUACUACCUUUUUAAGGUGGACAUCGUGCUGUGGUUCAGGAGAGCAUUUCCAGUCCUCUAUACUAACACAGAUUUGGAUGGGAAGUUGUACGAUGCCUAUGUGGCAUACCCACAGUCCUGUGCUAUCGGGCUCAGUAAGGAAGUGGAGGUGUUCGCCCUUCACACACUACCUCAAGUGUUGGAAAAGGCCUGCGGUUACAAACUCUUCAUCGCAGGCCGUGACUGUGUUCCCGGGGGGGCCAUCGUGGACUCAGUGGAAGAGAACAUACAAGCUAGUCGCCGCCUCCUCCUGCUCUACACCGCCUGCACUUUCACCACCAAAAGACACACAAGCAGCACCAGCAGUGGCAACAACAACAACAACAUCUCAAAGAGCAGUGAUAACGGUGACAACAGCGACAACAGCGACAGUAAAAACAGCGACCAGAGUUUAGACGGAGGUGAAGAAAUCUAUCCUGACGCCAGGCAGCAGCUGGAGUGUGUGGCGGCGAUGCACAGAGUGCUGCUGGAGAAAUCUCUAAAGGUGAUUCUGGUGGAGUUGGAAGAGAUCACCCCGGCUCAGCUGGCUCUCUUCCCAGAGUCAGUGCGUCACCUGAGGAAGAAGCAGGGCGCCGUGUGUUGGUGGAAGAACCAGAGGAUGAAGAAAACGUGGACAACAUGCACGAGGAGUGGAGAGGAUGAGGAGAAAGGUGGACAGGAGACGCAGCUGUCACCAUCCCUUUCUCCUUCCUCCAGGUUUUGGAAGGAGAUCAGAUAUCGUAUGCCGGUGAGGGGCAAGAGGGCGGUGUACCCCGAAAAAACUGCCCUGCUGAACUUGUGAGGUUUUGGACCAGAGAUCAGCUGGUUUCUAAUGUAAAUGUGUACAGUGAUGAAUCCUGUCGCACACAGAUGAUUCAGAAAUACUGUGUCGUAUCAGAGGCUGCAUGGUACAAGAGAACCAGAAGGUACUUUUACUGCAAACGUCACCUCAACGGGUUACACAAACAGAAACUAAAGGAAGCUUCUAAUCUUCAAGUCUGAUAGUAAAAGGUCCAUGAAUACACCAUGAACAGGUUCUGCUGAAGGAGUGCUGAAGAUGCUGUGUUCAAAGACUGUCAGACAAUGACAGUAAUUCCCACCUGGUGUGCAGACCGUCACAGCGUUUGUGAAUAUGAACGACUGAAGAAUCAGAACGAUGUUGUCAAAGAAGGACCGAUCAAACCAAGUGAUCAUAUGUCAGAUAACAAUGUACAUUUGUAUAAUGAAAAGUGUAAAAAUGUUACAGAAAAACAGCAAACUGUGAGCUUUAUAUUAACUUUACAGUCUGGGACGGCGCUACACCGGGGCUAGGGGAUGCUAAAGCCCCGUCAAAAAUCUGUGUAGCCCCCGUUAAGCCCCUCAAGCAUUUUAUUUUAUAUUUUAUAAUAUAUAUUUUUAAGUUAAAAAACAUUAAAAAUUUCACAAGUAGCCAUUUUGUUCCAAUGCAAUCCUCGCUUGCAUGUUUGUGCUGCGCCUGUACCCCAUUGACUGGUGUACCAUAACCUCUGUGUGUGUGUGUGUGUGUGUGUGUGUGUGUGUGUUUAUAUCGAACAUGCUUGUGUUGUGUAUCAUAGCUGCUUUUAUUGAAAAAACACGAACCUCCUUAUAAAGUAAAGUAAAAGUAAAGUCAUGAAAAUCAAUUAUUUUCUUAGCACCCCCACAUAUCAGUCAAGCUCCCCCUUAGCCCCGGGAGAGAAAAAAUCCUGGCACCGUGCCUGUUUACAGUGAUUAAACUACAGAUAAGGCACUGUAAGACAAACUGCCCCGUCACUACGUUUCUGCAAACCACAAUUACAUUACAUGUUUCAUAUGCAUCAUAUCCAUGUCAUUGGGAGGUGGAGGAAAUGUCGAGAUGUCGCUCCGUUCCUGUUGAGACAGUGCCAUGAAAGGCUGUACUUCUAAACGGAGACAUUACUGCGUUUCCUUCCGUGGUUGUGACAUCAAAAAUCGGGUCAGGUAUAAAUAUGAUAAUUUCCUAAACAUUUACCAUGUGUGUUUUUUUUUUCAAACCACAUGUAACCACAGUGCUGUUAAAAUGUAAAGUUUUAUUUGUGCAAUGUCACGUAUCCGUGGUUUGCCUAAACAUAAUGUCAACAUUUAUUCUGGUGAUUGAGUUUAUUAAAGAUGUAUUUAUAUUUUAUAAAAUGUUAUUUAUGAGGCAUUUUUCAUACAACGAGGCAGCACAAAGUGACAGGUUAAAAUGUUCAUAUCAUCGACUAUGGGCAGCCACAGGAGAGAAACUGUUCUGUCAACAAAUUAAAAUCUUGUGUCAAAGGCUUCUUCACUUUUUACAUUGUUUUGUCCUUUUGCAUAAAAAUAAUUUACCAUGUUUAUCUGACCAAUGUCAUGUACUUCACAUGUCUGCUGAACAGUUAACGGAGCAUAAUGGAAGGUUUGUUUUAACCUAAUGUGGUCAAAAUUUUUACCAGUUCAUUUUGGAAAUCCAAAGUAAGGCUGGGUGAUAUAACGGCCAUGUGAGAUGUAUAUCAAUUUAUUUUCAAGCAAGAUAUAAAAUUAGACAGUUUAUAUCGAUAUAGGGUCAAGUUGUGUCAAAUAAUGCACCCCAGUGUGCACCUGUCCUCACAGCUCCGCCCCCUCACUCAUUCAUUUCUCCAUCAACACUCACGGAGCUGCUCCUCUGUUAAAUCUGUCUGUUCAUUAGUCUACAGUCAAUGUACAGCUCUGCUGUUUAUUUUAUAUCAUUUUUCAUUUCCAAGUUGUGCAGCUGUUUAUUUUCAAACAGGAAAAAAAAUCCAUGUCUUUGCAUCUUAUUUUGAUCAGUCUGUUUUUAUAAAAGUGCUUGUGACGUCUCAAAUGUGGCUCUGACUUGCAGCUGAAAACAUGGAGCUCAUUUUGUACUAAAUUCUGAGAUAUAUAUGGUGUAUCGUCGUUCAGCCUGAAAAUACAGAGAUAUAAAUUUUUGUCCAUAUCUCCCAGCUCUAAUCCAAAGACAGUGUUACAUGAAGCCACGAUGUCAGGCACUUACAAACAGGACCUUCACUGAAAACUGUCCCUGUCAGUGCAUUUAAAGAGGUUUCAUCAGUUCCCACAUUGUGAGGUCAUCAGUUCAUAUAUUCUGCUUUCAGGAAGAAGCAUAUCUUUAUGGAAGUAUUUCAAAGGUCACAAAUACAAAAAUAAUGUCAAACAUAUGUAUAGGAAAAUAAGUCUGUUGUACUGAGACAAUAUACAGCUGUCACUUUCAUAUGAGAAGCAGCUGAGGUUUGGUGGCCUAUAUUUCAACUAAAGCUCUACUGAGCUGUUAUGAAUCAUAGCGAUGUACCUGUAUGCAAAACAAGUGGGUUUUUUUUCUGUUGAGAGGAAAUUUCAUGCAGGGUUAGAGGAAAAGGAUGAAAUGCUAUGAUAACAGGAGGGAAAACCCAGAAGCUACUCAGAAGGUUAGUGUGAGUAACAAGCAGCUGUCUUUAAGCAUCAGCUCUCAGCCUGGUGAGUUAUUAUUACCUUCAACAUUACAGGUAGAGUCUGUUCUUAUAUAUGCAUGCUGUCAGUGUUUGUGAAACGGGUGUCAAACUGACUGUCCUUUCUCAUCUCUUAUUAUGUGAAAAAAAUCUAAUAUUGAAAAUAUUUUUGUGCCAUCUGGUGCUGAACACUGAAUCUAUAUCCGACAGUUUUUAAAUCCACUGGAAUCAUUAAAUUGUUGUUAUAAAGCUCCAACAUUUAUUAGAUUAAAGCUGAGGUUUGUUUCAGGAGUUUUAUUUUUGAGGGACUCAGAGUCUUCCUGUGUCUAUGAAUUAACGUUUUCAGUGACUUCACAAUGCUUUGUGACUUUCCACUUAGGGCAAAAAAAAACCUGUCAAAUAAAACACAAGGAAACCAAAAA